AUGCCACUGAAAGACCAAACCCAAAGCAGCAUGGAGGUCACUGAUGACUCGAUUUCCAAAUCGGUUGGUGAUGUUGCUGCGGCUCCUCCAGGGACGUCAUCAACCAGCAUCAUCGAUGUCCCUGAGGACCCGAUUAUUAAGUGGAUUAUGAGCUCGACAGAUGCGGAUGCCAAUAAUGCCAUUGAUCCCACACCAAUAUCAUCAGCCCCAAAAAUCCCCAGAGUUCCAGGAUCAAUUAGGGAAAAACAAGACUACUACGAAAAAUACUUUGUUCCAAAGUUUAUCUCAAUUGGUCCGUACCAUUUUCGCAAAAAUAAACCCAUGUUGUUCGAGAAACGAAAGCCUGAUUUUGCAAUGAAGCUCUUUUCAAAUGACAAGGCUGCUGUAAAAAGGUUGUACGAAAAGCUUGCUCAACCAGAAAUGGUGAAAGAUUUAAGAAGCUAUUAUGAUCAACAACACAUGAUGACAUCAAGCUGUUUGUUUAGUGAUUCGGAAUUCACAAAGAUGAUGUUGUUGGAUGAGUUCAAAAGCAAUGAGGUUUUCUUUAUUCGUCGAGAUCUCUAUUUGUUGGAAAACCAAAUUCCAUUCAAAGUUCUAAAAGAGGUGAUGAUGAUGAUGAAACCAACCAGUAUGUUUACAUAUAUUGAACAGUUUUUCAAAAAUAGCAGUUUGUUAGAAUUCAUUAAACCAUUCAUUGAUAUGAGCAGCUUUGUGAUACGCGCGGCGCCGAAAAGAAAGUGGUUAGACAGAUUUAAAAUAAGAAGACGAUCGACGACAAAUGAAGACAUAAGCGAUGAGUUCGAAAGGCAAGAAAAAGAACCCGAUCAUCUUCUCGGUGCUCUUCAUGGUGAGCAUGCUAGGAUAGUCAAAGUUCCAACAGAGAGCUAUAAAUUCAAUGGUUGCAAUUUUCGCAGUGUUAACGAGCUUGCUUACGUAGGGAUCCAUUUCAAGCCUAUUAUAGACACACUCUCUAUGACUCACAUCGAAUUCGUUAAAAGCAGCUGGUGGGGAUUUUCAGCGAAUGUAAAGCUGCCUCCAAUAGCUGUGAGUGAUUACACCAGGCCUAUGUUGUUAAACAUGAUGGCCUAUGAAACGUGUAAGUGCUCAAUUGAUUGUUCAUGGGUUAAAUCGUAUGUAUAUCUUCUUGGUUCGCUGAUUGAUGACGCUGAGGAUGUUAAGAUUCUUAGAAAAGCUUGGGUGCUUAAGAACCUUUUAGCUAGUGAUCAAGAAGUAGUGAAAUUGUUUGACGAAAUAGGCGUUGAUUUAGUUGAAAAUUGUUUCGAAUAUCUGGAAGUGAAAUACAAGAUACAAAAGCAUUUAGAAAGUUGGACGAACACACUAUUCUCCCAGCUAAAAAAUGAAUAUGUCAAGAGCCCAUGGGCAUUUUUAGCACUUCUUGGAGCUUUGAUAGCUCUUUUUCUUACUGGUGUUCAAACUUAUUAUACUGUUUGGCGUCCCUAA